UGUCCCAGCCUAUGUUGAGUUUUGGAUUAAAGACUAUUAUUUGAGUUCAUCCUUGUCUCCUCGCUUCCCUCAUGUGUGUGCACAGUGACAACAAGAUGUUUAAUUGACUAAUGUGUGGAUUACUUGUGGAUUAUUGUGAUGUUUUUAUCAGCCGAUUGGAAUCUCAUUCACUGCAGAGGAUCCAUUUGUGAGCAAGUGAUGUAAUGCUAAAUUUCUCCAAAUCUGUUCGGAUGAAGCACUCAUCUACGUCUUGGAUAGAAUGAAGUUACAGAGCCACUGGAAAAAUCUGCCUGCCAAGACAGUGAGGUCUAGGUUUUGCUGGAUCCGGUUGUGAGAUGAUCUCUAUAUGAACGACAGUGUCUCCUUUCACUCGUUACUUGCAGUGACAUCAUCAUCGGAAUCAGGGUUGAGCCAAUAGGAAGUCGUGCUCUUGUGACUCGGGUGAGUGCGCAUGAAAUUACAGUCGCUAUCUGAGGUAACAGUAGCAGCGCUUCAGUCUGGGAGAAUCUGACUUGAGUCUAGCACGCACAUCCACUGGAGAGAGCAGCAGUCACGGGCUUUACGCGGAGAGCCAACACUUCGGAAGGCUACAGGUUUAAGUGUGUCACUGGGCAGCAUGACGGAGGUGAUGAACAGCUGUGACUCUGCGGUGGGAGACUACAGUGUGAGCGACGCGUCUGAGGAGGAGAACAUCUCUUUUCAGAUCUUCCCAGACUCCCAUGAGCGGUUCCCAAAGCUUUCCAAACGCUUGCCAUCCAUCGUGGUUGAACCCACUGAGAGCGGGGAGGUGGAGAGCGGGGAACUGCGCUGGCCUCCUGAUGAUCUGAGCCCUACAGACGACCCUAGAGACAAACAGGCCCAGGCUGCAAUUGAUAAGCCCACAGAAGACAGCCAAGAGGCCGCAACAGGGACGGAAAACUAAUGGGCGAUGGUUGGCACCAAUCCAGCCAAUCACUGUGAAUGUCUUCAUUACAGACUGGAGUGAACGGGAGACUCCACCAGUUAGGUCUGCCUAUCAUCCACACUAGAGCCGCCCACCUUCUGACCUCCACUCCCUUAGGUGGAGCCGAGGCCUGAGAGACUGUCUUAACUGAACUAGCUCACGUGCCAAACUCUAGUGGUAGUCAGCUGCUGUGAUUGAGUUGUAAAUGAUCUCCAAUAACACCAUGAUACCCAUUAGAAGUCACCUAUGCCUGCUAAAUUAUAAAUUGGCAUUCAUUUAUGUACUUAUUUGCUUUGGACCAAAGUCUUUCAUUCCUUCUAUCAAAAGAACAUAGCUUCAGGAUGUUAAUUUGAUGUAUUAUAUCAGCACACAUUAAGUGAAAAUGGAUUUCAGAUAAUAUGUAAAUGAACUACAGUGCGUAAUGGCUCUUCGCCAGUGUAGAUUUCAAACUCUACGCUAUGUACAGUAGAUCUGUUUGUUUUCAUGCUCACACUUUCCAGAUUUGCACAUAUUGUUUGCCACUUGCAUUAAUUCUCUGUUAUUCACAUCGCUGCUGCUUAUUUACUAGUGUUCGUCAGAGCUGCUGUAAAUGUAGCUUUCUUUGCCUUAGACAUUUAUUUGUAGUUACACUAUAUGUACGUCAUAAUUUUAAUGAAAUGACUGUUUGUAUAUAUGUUCAGACGGUCGUUAUUUUACCCAUCACAUGUAUCUGUCACCUUCCCAAGGCAAAACUCUUUGGUGCUUCACAGUCUGUUGAAUAUCACUGUAUUCUCUUAAAAAUCUACUGCUCUUUU